AUGGUACUUAAACAUUUGCUGGAUGAUGGUUUGGAACAAGGGAAUUUGGACCGAGCAACGGUUGACUACUUAUUGGUAGAACAUCCUAAAAUUCCAUUGUUUCACCAUUUACCUAAAACUCAUAAGUCUCUAGACAAUGUUCAGGGACGUCAUAUCAUCAGUGGAGUGGAUUCUCUCCUGGAAUACAAGCUGGAUUCACAACCCCUGCGACCAUGUGAACUUGCAAGAGAAAAAGCUCUAUUAAGUAGCGACACCUACAUCCCCCAGUGCACAAAGGAAGGAUUGUAUAGGAACAUACAAUGUGAUAAAACAGGUCUUGUCUGCUGGUGUGUGAGUGCUGAGGGAUUGGAACUUCCUGGGAGCAAGCGGACACGAUUCCCUGUAACCUGCCUGUCUUUCUGUCAGCUUAAGAAGCAAGAGAUCCUUUUAAGUGGUUAUAUAAACAGCUCCUCGGCAUCAUACGUUCCUCAGUGCACAGAUACAGGAGAGUUUGAGGAGGUGCAGUGUGACCAGGAGGUCAGACAAUGCUGGUGUGUGGAUUCUGAAGGAAUGGAGAUUUAUGGGACACGGCAGACAGGAAAACCUGCUCACUGUCCAAAGAAUUGUGAAGUUAGAGAUCGUCGGAUACUGCAUGGAGUUGGGGAAAAGAAUCUUCCUUAUUGUUCUGAAGAUGGCAAAUUUUUCCCUGUUCAGUGUAAACUCCUCAAUACAACAGACAACAUGGCUCUAGAUAUUAUUACCAGCUUCAGCAGGGCUCCAGAUGCCUUCAAGUCAUUUACAUCUCUGCAAGAAUCUUUCCCAGAGAUCUCUGGAUAUUGUUACUGUGCUGAUAGCCUUGGCAGGGAGCUUGCAGACACCGGUUUAGAGUUAUUGCUUGAUGAGGUGUAUGACACAGUUUUCGCAGGACUCUCGCCCUCUCGAACAUUCACUGAAACAACCAUAUAUCGAAUUUUGCAAAGAAGAUUUCUGGGAAUACAGUUAAUUACAUCAGGCAAAUACAGAUGUCCCACCACCUGUGAAGUACAAAGAGCCACUGCCUCUAAAACAGGAGACAUAUAUAUCCCGUCUUGUGAUGAUAAUGGGGAUUUUUUGCGUGUCCAAUGUCAGACAGGAGGUCAAUGCUGGUGUGUAGAUUCAAAAGGACGGGAAAUCUAUGGAACACGGAUAACUGGAGACUCCCCAAACUGCAAUUAUGAUCAAGACUGCCCUUCUAAAAGAAGACAAGCAUUAUCUACCUUGUUUUAUGGUCCUUCAGGGUACUUUGGCCAACAUAGUUUGUUCUCAACUCAAGAGGAGGAGUUGAGACUGAAAAUAAAUAAAAAAUACUGUUCAUCCUAUAUUGUGGAUUUCUUUGUAAAAUCAGGACUUCUCCUUCCAAUCAAUGAACAAGCUAAAGGCAAAAACGUUCAGCUUGACUCAUUCGUUAGUGACAUGGUCACAGGACUAUUUCCUUCUAGAGAACUUAUACAGCUGGCAAUAAGUAUCCCUAGCAGUCCCAAACGCUUUCAACAAAACCUUUUUGGAGGAAAAUUCUUAAAAAACAUUGGUGCAUUUAAUUUUACCAGCACAGUAGGUAAAAGAAGCAAAUUCAAUUUUAGUACUUUUUUCCAACAAAUUGGUUUAACUGGAAUGUAUAGUGGAGGAAACUUCAAGGAACUUGCAAAAUUAUUUUCCUCAGAAGAAGAUUCCUAUCUAUCAAAAGGUUCAUUCAACUUUUCAAAGCAAAGUUUUAAUCUGAACCAACCUAUACAGAGCAAUUUUGGACGAAUUACUAAUCUGCAAGAAAAUCAAAAUAUUGUGUCAACCUUUUCUUCAAUUCUAGAACUUACUGAAUUUGUAAUAUUUUUAGAAGAUGUUGCAUCAAUUCCACCAACUAUUGCACGAAAUGUUGCAGAUGCUGUAAAAAUAAUUAUACAGUCAAAAGAUUGUGAUACAAGGAACUUGGAUACUUAUGUCCCAUCGUGCACAAAAGAUGGCAGGUAUGAGGACAUUCAGUGCAAUAAAAAUGAAUGCUGGUGUGUGGAUGACCAGGGAAAGGAAAUUGAAAGAUCAAGAAGACAAGGGAAGCGCCCAAGAUGUCCUACAAAUUGUGAGAAAGAGCAUGAAAAACAAAAAAUGUUAAAGGCAAAUAUGGCGGCUGGGUCAGAAGUGUUUAUACCGGCUUGCGACCGGAAUGGAGAUUUUAUGGCAGUGCAGUGUGCAGGGAAGAACUGUUUUUGUGUUGACGUGGAUGGAAGGACCAUUCCUGGAACUAAGAAGAUAUCAGGAGAAAGUAUUCAGUGCCCCAGUUAUUGUCAACUAGCCGCAGGCAAAGCUUUCCUAGAGACAACAAACUUAUUAUUGUCUGGUGAUGGGGCGAUAUCUCAGUGGUCAAGCGUGUAUGUUCCACAGUGCAAGGAUAAUGGAAACUGGCAACCUAUUCAGUGCAGUGGGCCCACUGAACAGACUUUAGAAUUAUAUAAAAAGUGGAAAACCCAGAACAAAAACAUCACCUUUUCUGAAACUUUUGCUUUGAUCAUGAAGUAUAAAGAUAACACCUCAAAAAACUUUACCAAUUUUGUCCAAACACUUUAUGACAAUGAAUUUCAGGAUAUUUUCCCUAUAUUUUCUAAAUACUCUAUUUUUAAUGACAUCCCAAAAGAGAUCUUGGAUGGUACCAUAACAAUCCAAUCAGAUAAUGUAUUACUCAAUCCUUAUGUUUUUUGGAAACUUUUAAGUGGAAGUUUUAGUUACUACCCUGGACCAUACAGUGACUUCUCUACACCACUAACCCAGUUUGAGCUCCGCAGUUGCUGGUGUGUUGAUCAAGAUGGUCAAAAAUUACAUGGGACAGAAAAAGGUCCUAACAAGUUUCCAAAGUGCCCCGGAACCUGUGAGCUUGCUAAGCAGAAGGCAUUGGAAUUCAUUGGUGAGGCAGAAGAAUUAAUUCAAGCAGCAAAUCUUUCCCAUAUUCCUUUUGGGCACAGUUAUUUAUUAGCAGCUGGCAUAAGACUAACAGAAAGUGAACUUUUGCACUUGGAUGAUGGUUUUAAAUCUGGAGUGAGUUUCUCUGAAAGAUUUUUGAUAAGAGAUAACUAUGCUCUCCAACUGGCCGCUAUAUCAGCUCUUCAUUUUUAUUGGCGAGGGAGAUUUGCUUUAAAGAAUUCUUUUGGACAGACAACACAACUAUCGUAUCUAACUUACAUUCCUCAGUGUGAUGGAUUCGGGAACUGGGAACCAGUACAAGUUUAUGAAAGUACUGGACACUACUGGUGUGUGGAUGAGAAUGGACAUUACAUCCCUGAUUCCCUGGUGACACGAACUUCCAGUCCUCCACAGUGCAGAACUUCCUGUCAGCGAGUUCAAACAAACGCUAUAAUCUCCAGCUGGAUUCCUAUACGUACACACCCAAUUCCAGAUGUGUUCAUACCAAGUUGUACAGAGACUGGAGAAUAUUCUUCUUUGCAGAAAUCAGAAACUAAUUUUUGGUGUGUGUCUCCAGUAACAGGAAAUCUUGUGCUACAAGGUGUAAAUGAAGACAAUAACAUCACUCAGUGUCCAGGUGACUGUACCAUCUUGAAAUCUGAGGUUAUUGAUCGUAAUGUUGGCACUGGCAUUGUGCCAGAGUGUGGGCAGAAUGAAGCUUUCUCGCCAGGGCAGUGUGAGCAGGAUAUUUGCUACUGUCUGUUUCCCAAUGGCGAGGUGGCAUCUGGAACACAAAUAAAUAUAUCAGAGAGGGAACGACCAACUUGCAAAAGUCCCAUGUGCCCGUUUUCUUUUGGCACCAAAGAUAUAAAGCAUGGCGCUAUGUUUUGUGAGGAAGAGCCUGGGGAUUUGUUUCAGAACUGUCAACUGGUUUGCCGUAAAGGUUACUGGAAUGUAUUUUCUAGAAAGACAUUUAUAUGCGACAAAAAAACUCAACGCUGGGUUUCACAAUCACCUCAUCGCCUGUCCUGCCAAAAAGCACAGUCCUUCCAGACAGUGAAAGCUCAGGCUGACUUUCAGGUGAUUCUACCCAGUACUAAAACAUGUAUGGCUGAUUACUCUGCAUCACUUCAGGCUUUUAGGACAUUUCUACUGGAUGAUUUAAAGGCCAGAGGAUUAUGUCAUAUUCAGGUGAGCAGUUUUGGAAGUGGUGAUUCAAAAGCAGUGCCAGUUUGUGAUGAGUCUACAGUCUAUGUUGAAUGUCUAUCAGCUGAUCGCUUAGGCGUGAAUGUGACAUGGAGAGCUCAGCUAGAGGACAUCCCACAAUCAUUGCCAAGCCUGCAUGAUAUUGAAACUGCAUUUGUUGGAGAAGAUUUGGUCGGACGCUUUUUAUCUAUUGUAAAAUCUGGAAACUAUACUCUGUAUUUGGACUCCAAGAGGUUUGUGGGUGAUACGUCUGUGCUCUUCCCACAAGAUGAUGAUUUCAGUCUAUCGCCACAAGUUACACUUAGCUGUGCAGACGGAUUCCAGAAACACUUUAAUUCUGAGAUCGACUUCAGGAAAUUGGGUGGAUGCGUUAUUUGCCCGGAGGGAAGUUACUCACAGAAUGAAGCGUGCGCACCAUGCGCCAUAGGAUUUUACCAGGAUAAGGCUGGAAGCACAGCAUGCAUAAAAUGCCCCCUGGUCACAACUACUGCUUACUUUGGAGCUUAUAAAAGAAGUCAAUGUGUGACUAGUUGUCAAAUGAAUGAUGUUGGUCUACAAUGUGAUAAUAAAGGACAGUAUCUUCCUUCCCAAAAAAAUACUAAUAAAUACUACUGUGCUGAUUUGUCUGGAGAGAAGUUACAAUGGACAGAGGUUGAUACAGAAUUAUCUAAUGAGCAGUGUUUGAUCUUAAGAAAAUUUGAACUUAUUCCAGAGGACAAACUGAUCUUAACAGAUGAAAAUUUAAGGAUAAUUGAGUCCAAACAAAGAAAUAAAGAUGAAGUACCAUUUUUGGAGUGUAUUAUGGAUUGUGCAAAACAGGAAUCAUGUGACUAUCUGACUGUGACUGCCAGUGAAAGUGGAAUUAUUUGUGACCAAUAUAAUGAGGAUGAGUCCAAUGUUAACUGUACUGCUACAAAACAAAAGAUCAGUGUUUUGGGAAAUUCUGCAUCAUUUAGUUUUGAGCAGCUCAACUGCCAAAUUAAAAUAAAACGUGGAGAUAAAGAUAUCCUAUCGACUUACAGAAAGAAAGGACAAGAAUUUCCGAAAGCUGGUCUCACCGUUUUUGAAAAGACAGACUUUAAGAAUACAGUUUCUGGCGUUUACACUACCAUCGUUUUUUCAGCUAACAGCACAACAUUAACUAACGCUCAUUCCUUUUGUCGUCAGACGUGUCGAGAAGACUCCUGCUGUGAAGGCUUUAUACUCAGUGAAAUCAUAUUAAAUAAAGGUACAAUACUCUGUGGCUUAUUGCGUUCUCCUGAUGUUCUCCUCUGUAAUAUAAAUGACUGGAGGGAAACCUCAGGGCUUGGCAGUGAUGGAGUGUGUAAAGGCGUGAAAUCCAACAAGGAGCAGAAGAUGUUUUCAUUCUUCUUGGGAGGACAAGAAUUUACGGGAAGUUAUUCAAUGUUGUCACAGAGCAUAGGAAAAGUGGAGUACAGCACAGACUUAAGUGCUGAGGUCAAAGAAGAAAUUCAACAACGUUUCACUAGCUUCCAGAGAGUUUAUCUCCAAAAAGAUAAAAUGACGUUACCUAAUGACUCGGGUUGCAUCUUGGGAGCCUUACAGAGCAGUAGCGUAUCAGAUUCUGCAAAGGACCUAUUCCUUCAGGUUGACAGUAAUUCUGUUGUAAUUACCCAAGAAUAUUCUGUGCCGAGCCAACAAUUUGGGAUUUCUAAGAAGCGCUAUUCAUCUAAACAAGCAAUGUUGUGGUGUCUUACACGUUGCGCAGAAGAGGAGUCUUGGUGUCGUCUGGCAGAUUUACGAAACGCCACUGAGGAAUACUUUACAUGUAUCAUUUACCCCAACACCUGGAAAUGCAAUAAUGUUACUAACCUCGUGCCAAAUAAUUGUGACAUUACUUUGUACAAUAAACCCCAGCUUUUGUAUCACAAAAAAGAUAUUCUUGGUACCCGAGUCAAAAACUUUUACAGCCCUUUACUGUAUCGAAAGCUGAGUGAUGUGUCUGUGAGGAACAAAAUAAUCAUGAGUGGAAAAACGAUUUCCAAUGGAUUUUUUGAAUGCGAACUCCAGUGUGAUGCAGACCCGUGUUGUAAAGGAUUUGGCUAUUUGCAAAGAAGUUCUGAAAUAGGAGGAAGUGACUUGCUAUGCCUAACCCUUAGUAAUUUGGGAGUUCAGUCCUGUCGAGAUGAGAUCAAAGAUCCUUGGCAUGUUAUGAAUUGCAGCAUUUUAAAUGAAGGGAUGGAAACUCGACCAUUUGGGUGGUACCAAAAGCCAGAGUCUCAGGAGACAAUUUUAUCAGCUCUCUGUCCACUUGUAAAUUCACCUCGAAGACUGCAAGAAGCAUCUCUGGAUAACUGGCUACUUUUGGAUGGAUCGUCUGUUAUCACUGACCCAUCUCUGUCUACUUUUGAUGAAGUACAAAUCAGCAAUAACUACUCUAAUUCACUAACUGAUGCUCAGAAUUAUUGCUUAUCAGAAUGCUCAAGAAUUCAGUCCUGUGCACUAACUACAAUUGAGCUUAAGCAGACGUCAAUACGAUGUAUGUUUUAUCCUGAGACCCAGACCUGCUACUAUAGUUUGAAUAGCCAUCACUGUCAAGUUCUAGUCAAGGAACAAGCAACAUAUGUUUUUCGAAAGAAAGCUUCAUUGCGUCCAGUGACAUCAGUGACUAUUGCUUCCCUUGGUCCUGUUUUGGGGAAAUCUCAAGCCAUUCUUAUUGGUUCAAGCUUAAAGAAUGUGAACCAGUUCCUUGGAAUCCCGUACGCCGCCCCUCCAGUUGGUGACAAACGUUUCCAUCCUCCACAGCCGUUUACCUGGACAGGCACUUGGAAUUCCACCACAUCUAGGGCAAGCUGUUUACAGCCGGGAGAUGGAAAGGCUCAGUAUUCCUCUGUCAGUGAAGACUGCUUGUACCUUAAUGUUUUUGUCCCUCAAAAUAUUGGAACAAAUGCACCUGUUCUCUUGUAUUUUUAUAACAGUCCAAGUGAUUAUAGUGAAAAUGGACAAACCUUUAUAGAUGGGUCUCAUCAAGCGGCAAUAGGCAACAUUAUUGUUGUAACUGCAAGUUUCCGAGUUGGUGUUUUUGGCUUCUUACUCACAGGUACCACAGUGCCAAGUGGAAACUGGGGACUUCUUGAUCAAGCAGCUGCCUUAAAAUGGGUCCAGGAAAACAUUGUGCAUUUUGGAGGUGACCCUGGGAUGAUAUCGUUGGCAGCAGAUCGAUCUGGGGCGGACGCUUCCAGCCUUCACUUGCUAUUGCCUGAAAUAAAACCAUUCAGAAGAGCUAUACUUAUGGGAGGGUCUGCAUUUUCUCCGGCGCUAGUCAUCAGCGAGAGAAGAGCUCAGGAGCAACUUAACUUUUUGGCUAAGGAAGUUGGCUGCAAUGCAUCAGGCAGCAAUGAUGUCCUCACCUGCCUCCGCAGUAUCGAUGCCGAUGUCAUUAAUGCUGCACAGACCAAGCUUCUUGCUGUAAGAGGACCGUUUCAAACAUGGGGACCUGUAGUGGACAAUUUUUAUAUCCGAGAAUCCCCCUCUAGACUGCUGGAGCAGAGAGCAUUACAGAAGGUUGACCUACUUAUAGGAAGUUCUGAACAAGACGGCCUGAUUAGUAGAGCUAAGGCUAUCAAAAGAUUUGAAGAGAGUGAAGGAAGAGGCAAUAGCAAGACAUUAUUUUACCAGGCUCUUCAGAAUUCCUUAGGAGGAGAAGAGAUGAAUCCACUUGUCCAGGACGCGGCUGUGUGGUUUUAUUCUUUAGAGCACUCAACAGAUGACUAUGCUGGGUUUUCAAGAGGCUUAGAAAACUCUACUAGAGAUCAUUUUAUUGCCUGUCCGUCUAUCAGAAUGGCAAGACACUGGUCUGAAAAUUCCAAGGGCAAUGUCUACAUGUACCACAUGCCACAGAGCGUCUCACAAAGCAGCACCAGCUUGGAUCUCCCUGAAGAUGUUAUUUACGCGUUUGGACUUCCCUUCCAUUCAAACUACAAGAAUCAGUUUUCCAUUGAGGAACGGGAUCUUUCCUUAAAAAUAAUGCAGUAUGUGGCAAACUUUGUAAAAACAGGAAACCCAAACUUUUCAUACACAUUUUCAAGAAAAGUUUCCAGAGGAUUACCUGCAUGGUCUUUGUACCGAGCAAACAGUAAUGGAAGAAAUUACAUGGAAUUUAGCAUUUCAUUGGGAACUAAGCAAGGACUGAAGGAAAAGGAAUGCUCAUUUUGGAAUGACUAUAUUCCAGCACUGCAAAAAACUAUUAAUCUGCAAAGUGGCUUUUUGGCCUCCAAAAAUGACCUUAAAGAUGCAAAAGCAAAUGAAACCGCACCCACAACAUCACCAGUACGUCCAAUAGACGAUAAAGACUCUUACAGCAGAUAAAUCUCAUGUCUGGCUUUCAAACCUUCCAUCAAGCAGUUCCUUUUAUAAACCAUUUACUUUAUUAAUGAUUGUUAUACUCAAAUGUCUAAUCAGAUUCUGACUGUGAUUCUCACUUCAGCAUGGUCAAGAUUUUGUCUUCUGUUACAAUAAAUAAUAAACCAAAAUGCAAAUGAA